AUGCCCGCAGCCAUCAACAAACGGCGGAAGCUGUCAACGGCGCCUAGGAUCGCGUCUUCCUCAGCAAGUCAAACCCGAGGUAUCGAUGCGUUCACCAAGGUUUCCAAGGGUAGCAGUAUCCCCAAGUCCAUCAUCGAUAAAGUCAAUCAUAUCGACGCCAUUGCGACUACCCCAUUACGCAUACAUUCUACGGCGGAGAGGAAAAGAAGGCUGGACGACAGCGACGAGGAAAGCGCUGCAGAGGAAGCUUCAAGCUUUCUGUCUGCAGCUAUCAAGGACAGAAUUGUGAAGCCUCUGGCUCCGCGACGAGCGAACACUUUAUCACGCGUUCCCCAAACACCUCGGAAACCAAUCCUGAACGGACAAUCUCCCCCUUCGAUCAACACACCCACCAAAGGAGCCCGAAGUCUCCUCGACCGACUCUUCCUCUCCAACCAAACCCCAACCCGAUCACCUAUCAAGAACCAAUCUUCUAUCCUCGACUCCUCCAAUACAUAUACCUCUCCACCACAACCUCAAGACCUUCCGACCGAGUUAUUGGACCUCAUAAACCUACAUGCAGCAUUCCUUACUGCAUUAUCGAUUCACUACGCGCAUAAUGGCACGCACUCACCCGCAGACCUGCGGAAUCUCUGCCCAGACGUGGCUCGAGCAUGGGGCAAACGUGGUGUUACUCUUCAAGACAUUCGUAGGACUAUUGGUGUUUUGAACAGCAACAUUCCAGAAGGACGUAACGAUUAUCGGAUAUCACAGCUUUCACUCUCGAACUAUGGCCAUGGCAAAAUAUGCAUUGAAAUGAAAAUUAUGGCGGGCAAGCCAGGCCGCAUUGCGAGACCUGUUAAUGAGAAUAUUUUGAAUGAGAUAUUUGUUAAGGGAUUGAAGAAAUCAUGGGAGGAUAGGGAUGGUAUGGAUACAGACGUAGCAGAGUUUAUUGGUGGUUUGCCUUUGGAACCAAUCACAAUGUGCUCUUCUGUUCUCAACAUGUCCCCCUUGCUCGCCAAGGGACAGCGGAGACUGGAGGAUUUGAGAGCCGGAAUUACAAUCAAGAAGGAAGAAGAGAAAAAGAAGGCGCAGGAAGCGGAGAUUGUCUACAAGAGCGGAGCGAAGCCAUCACUUCUGGAACGAUUAAGAGCCAAGCAACAACUCCAAUCAUCUCUACCUCCGCCACCUUCGAAAGAAGAGCUUGCUCGAAAAGCAGCAUUGCAGCGAAUCGACGAGGUGGCUGCUGUGUUGACGCACCUGAGUACAUCAAGCUCGGUUGGUCAGCAACGAAUAUCCUUCACGCUUCCAGCUCUUCUUGGUAAGCUGCGAGAUUCAUUCCAAACACCAAUGUCGAAGGAGGAAGGAGAGACUUGUGUACGAUUGUUGGCUUCUGAGAUAGCUCCUGAAUGGGUGCAGAUUGUGAAGAUGGGCAAGGUGGACGCCCUCGUUGUGAACAGAGACGAGAGACUUGGGGAGUCGGAUCUUCAAGAGCGUGUGAAGCGUGCUGUUUGA